UUUUCAAAAGUUUCUGGAGGUGAGAGGAGAAUCACAGCACCCGUGGCCGUGCUGCGGAGGAUAUUACGGGAUUGGGACUUAUCGCUUCGCUUCCCGGCUGACUUAACGAAAUAUUUUUGGAGACUUACUUUUGUCCUGUAAAUUAAACAGAGGAUGUAUUUCUAAUAAAAGCGCUCUUCAAAACGUUGGAAACAUUUCCACAGAAAUGGAAGGGAAUAUGCAAUGGAUUAUUUUCUCGUUUUUAUUGUGCUUUCAUAUUGGUGAAGGGUUCCGCUGUGUGGAUAAAAACAGGCCCUGUCAAAAUGGAGCGACAUGCAUAGAUUCCCCUGCUAGAUGCAUAUGUCGUCCCGGAUUCAUUGGCCCUUUCUGUCAACACCUGGAUCCCUGUCAUCGAUCCCCAUGUCUGAAUCGAGCAGCUUGCAAGAGUGAUGUGGUCAAUGAUAUUCCACAGUACAAAUGUGUGUGCCAAAGAGGUUUCAGAGGUCAAGACUGCUCCCUCAUUGACGCUUGUGCCACAAGUCCAUGCGCUAACGGGGCUCGCUGUGUCAAUUGGAAUAACCAUUACAACUGUUCCUGCCCACCUGGCUAUCAAGGAAAGAAUUGCCGCAGUGACAUUGAUGAGUGUCGCAAACCUGGUGCUUGUCUCAACGGUGGCCUGUGUCUUAACUUGGUUGGGUCCUUCCGCUGCCAGUGUCCACUAGGGUACAGUGGUCGUACGUGUGAGGUGUCUACCUUGCCCUGUGCCCCAUCUCAGUGUCUCAAUGGGGGCACCUGUCGCCAGACAAGUGACCAUUCCUACGAAUGUGCUUGCCUACCAGGAUUUCAGGGACACAACUGUGAGAACAAUGUGGACGACUGCCCAGGUCACAAGUGCAUGAAUGGAGGACUAUGUGUGGAUGGAGUCAAUACGUACAACUGCCAGUGUCCACCAGAAUGGACGGGACAAUACUGUGCUGAAGAUGUCAAUGAGUGCCUCAUGCAACCCAAUGCAUGCCAUAAUGGAGGCACUUGCUUCAACACCAUCGGUGGUCAUACAUGUGUCUGUGUCAAUGGUUGGACUGGAGAUGACUGUAGUGAGAACAUCGAUGACUGUGCAGUAGCUAUUUGCUUCAAUGGUGCCACGUGCCAUGACCGUGUAGCAUCCUUCUUCUGCGAGUGUCCAGUUGGGAAGACAGGUCUGCUUUGUCAUCUGGACGAUGCAUGUGUCAGCAACCCUUGUAAUGAGGGCGCCGUGUGUGACACCAAUCCCCUUAAUGGUCGUGCUAUUUGCACCUGUCCUGCUGGUUUUGUGGGUGGUGCCUGCAAUCAAGAUAUGGAUGAGUGUUCCAUUGGUGCAAACCCUUGUGAGCAUUUUGGAAAAUGUGUGAACACAGAAGGCUCCUUUCAGUGUCAGUGUGGUCGUGGAUAUACUGGCCCACGUUGUGAAAUUGACAUCAAUGAAUGCCUUUCCAUGCCCUGUCAGAAUGAUGCCACCUGCUUGGACCGCAUUGGAGAGUUCACUUGCAUAUGCAUGCCAGGUUAUAUGGGGACCUUCUGUGAAAUUGACGUUGAUGACUGUGAGAGCAACCCAUGUGUGAAUGAUGGCAUCUGUCGGGACAUGGUCAACGGCUUCACUUGCACCUGUCAGCCAGGGUUUACUGGCACCAUGUGUCAAAUUGACAUAGAUGAGUGUGCUAGCACUCCCUGCCAGAAUGGAGCAAAAUGCUAUGACCGGCCCAAUGGAUUUGAGUGCCGGUGCGCUGAAGGUUACGAAGGGAGACUCUGUGAAAUAAAUGUCAACAACUGUCAACCAGACCCAUGCCACCACGGUACUUGCAUCGAUGGCAUUGCUAGCUACACGUGUAAUUGUGAUCCCGGAUAUACAGGCUAUCGCUGUGAAAACCAACUUAAUGAGUGCCACAGCAAUCCUUGUCAGAAUGGGGGCAAGUGUGUGGACCGGGUCAAUAAGUACAUCUGUCAGUGCCAGCAUGGAACUUCAGGUACAAACUGUGAGAUAAACUUUGAUGAUUGUGCCAGUAACCCUUGUGACUAUGGCAUCUGCAAAGAUGGCAUCAACCGCUAUGAUUGUGUUUGCAAACCUGGCUUUACAGGUCCUAAGUGUAAUGUGGAAAUAGACGAGUGUGCAUCUAGCCCCUGUAGAAAUGGGGGAACGUGUAUUGACGAAGAAAAUGGAUUUCACUGCCAGUGUCCUGAAGGCUUUAAACCCCCUUACUGUUACUCCCAGGUGGAUGAGUGUGGCAGCAGCCCAUGUGUCCAUGGCUCCUGCAGAGAGGACAUAAACGGAUACCGUUGUGACUGUGAACCUGGAUGGGUUGGGAAGAACUGUGACCUGGACAGGAAUGACUGUUUACCAAGUCCUUGUCAAAAUGCUGGAACUUGCAUAGAUAAACUGAAUGGUUUUACCUGCAAAUGUCGCCAAGGUUUCAGAGGUAACCUCUGCCAGGUGAACAACAAUGAAUGUGCUUCCAGCCCCUGUCUAAAUAAGGGAACUUGUGUGGACGGUGUUGCCAGUUUCACAUGUCUGUGUGAGCUCCCCUAUAGUGGACCUACCUGUGCUGAGGUCCUCACACCUUGCUUCCCUAACCCUUGCGCCAAUCAUGCAGUCUGUACCCACACCCCAGACUACCUGGGUUAUCAGUGUAACUGCCAGCCAGGAUGGCAAGGUCAGUUGUGUGACAUAGAUAUGAAUGAAUGCAUGUCGAAUCCCUGCAAAAACCGUGGGACCUGCACAAACACGCUAGGAGGCUUUGUGUGUUCCUGUAGAGCCGGAUUUACAGGGCUGACUUGUGAAACAGAUAUCAAUGACUGUUUUCCCAACCCUUGCUUAAGUGGAGGUUCGUGUACAGAUGGUGUGAACUCCUUUCACUGUAGUUGCUUGCCUGGCUUCACAGGCCCUAGAUGUGCACUGGAGAUCAAUGAAUGUCAAAGUUUCCCCUGUAAAAAUGGAGGCACCUGUACAGACUAUGUCAACUCUUACACAUGUAGCUGCCCACCUGGCUUUACUGGCAUCCACUGUGAAACCAACAUUCCGGAUUGCACUGAAAGCUCUUGCUUUAAUGGAGGGACUUGCACGGACAAAAUCAAUGGCUAUGCUUGCACCUGUCGCUCUGGCUUCACUGGCUCCCACUGCCAGUAUGAAGUAAAUGAGUGUGACUCUCAGCCAUGUCUAAACGGAGGCACCUGUCAAGAUGCCCUGGAGUCCUUCCGCUGUUCCUGUCCAAAGGGCUUUGAAGGCAGCAGGUGCCAGACGCCAGUUGACUGGUGCCGACGCUUGUCUCUGUGCCAGAAUGGAGGACGUUGCCGCCAAAAGGAUGCGUCUUUCAGUUGCAAUUGUCCUAAUGGUUGGUCUGGACGUUACUGUGACAUCCCAAACAUGUCUUGUGAAACAGCGGCUCGCAAGAGGGGAAUCCAAACAGAUGAGCUUUGCCACCAUGGUGGUCACUGUGUCAACACUGGCAAUUCACACAUUUGUAAAUGCCCUGCUGACUACACUGGGAGCUAUUGUGAAACACAAGUGGACCAAUGUGAAGACAAACCUUGUCGCAAUGGUGCCACCUGCAGGUCAUAUGUUGGCGGGUACCAGUGUGAUUGCAUGCCUGGCUAUACUGGACAGACCUGCGAGAUUGAAAUCAAUGAGUGCCAGUCUCAUCCAUGCCAGAAUGGCGGCACUUGUAUUGAUCUAGUUGGACAUUACAUCUGCUCCUGUCCCCCCGGCACACUGGGUGUUCUCUGUGAGAUUAAUGAGGAUGACUGUGCGCCACCACCGAGGCCACAAGGUGCUCCACCCAAGUGCCUCAAUAACGGAACCUGUGUAGACAGAGUUGGUGGUCAUCGCUGCAAUUGUCCACCGGGUUUCACAGGAGACAGAUGUGAGGGAGACAUAAAUGAGUGUCUCUCGAGCCCUUGUAGUUCCACCAACAGUCUUGACUGCAUCCAGUUGUCCAAUGAUUACCUGUGUGUCUGCAAGCCUGGGUUUACAGGACGAAGGUGUCAGAACAGGUUCAGCGUGUGUGAAUCUCAGCCUUGUCAUAACGGGGGUGCCUGUUCAGUAACUAGCAGCACCCCUCUGGGAUAUACCUGUACAUGUCAACUUGGUUAUGCUGGUCCAAACUGUGAAAGGAGCAUGUCCUGUCAGGAGCUGUCCUGCUACAAUGGCGGAAGCUGUGCCCUUACCAAGAGGGGAACACGCUGCGUAUGUUUGACAGGCUUUGGCGGGCCCCAAUGUCAGCAUCACAGUAAUGAUGGGUGCUCUUCCAAGCCAUGCCAGAAUGGAGGCCUGUGCACCGAAGAAACCAGCUUCCCAUUUUUCCAUUGCCAGUGUCCAAGUGGAUUUAUGGGAAAGCGGUGCGAACAAAGCAAAUCUGAGCUUCCGGCUCUCGCCUGCCCUAGGGCAGACUGUCCAGGCAAAGCCAAUGACGGUGUCUGUGACAAGGAAUGUAAUACACUUCCUUGUCGUUGGGAUGGUGGUGACUGCUCCCUGGCAGUGAAUCCCUGGGCUCAUUGCGCAGACCCCCGCUGCUGGCGUGCCUUCAACAAUAGCCAGUGUGAUGAAUUCUGUAACAACCCUGAGUGUCUGUAUGACAACUUUGACUGCAGAAGCAAAGAGAAAAUUUGCAAUCCAAUAUAUGCAAGUUACUGCGACGCCCAUUAUGCUGAUGAUCAGUGUGACCAGGGCUGCAACACAGAAGAGUGUGGUUGGGAUGGCUUAGAUUGUGCAGAAACGGUUCCAGAGGAUCUUGCCAAUGGUGUUUUGGUGUUGGUCGUCCUUCUGCCUCCAGACAAGCUUCUCCUCACUGGCAAAGCUUUUUUGCAGAAAUUGAGUGCUAUCCUGCACACUUCAGUGCGCUUCAGAUUGGACAAAAAUGGAGACGCAAUGAUCCUUCCCUACACCCGUCGAGAGGCACGUCUCAAACGAGAACUUGGACAUCAACAUGAAGUUGUUGGGUCCAUAGUCUAUCUGGAGAUAGACAACCGUUUGUGCAUUCGGGAUUCAGAAGACUGUUUCCCGACUGCUAAAAGUGCGGCAGAGUAUCUCGGAGCUCUGUCUGCAACAGAAAUGCUCGACUUCCCUUAUCCUCUUCGAGAAGUCAGAGGAGAAAAGAUCCCCAUGGAUCCCAUUCCACCAACAGGAUGGUCGAAUCUACUUACCCAAUGGAUGGUGCCAUGUUUAGUGUUUAUUUUUGUUUUGGUCAUCCUUGUGAUUGGCAUGUUGAUAACUCGUCGGAAGCGUGAACACAGCACCCUUUGGUUCCCUGAAGGCUUCUUUCUCAAGAAGGAACCCAGCAGUAACAAAAACCGCAGGGAACCUGUGGGUCAAGAUGCUCUUGGACUGAAACACAUGCCAAAAACAGUUGAAGAAUCUCUCCUCGGUGAUCACAGUGAUCAGUGGAUGGACCCAGAUUGCCCAGAAGCCAAACGACUCAAGGUUGAGGAGCCGAGCAUGCUCUCAGACAGCGAAGAUGCAGUGGACUGCAGACAGUGGACCCAGCACCAUCUCGUAGCUGCAGACAUCCGUGUACCACCCACAAUAGCCCUCACACCACCUCAAGGAGAAUUUGAAAGUGACUGCAUGGACGUUAAUGUCCGAGGCCCAGAUGGUUUUACACCUCUGAUGCUGGCAUCAUUCUGUGGAGGCGGCCUAGAGCCUGAGGUGACAGAGGAGGAGGAGAGUGAAGAGUGCUCUGCCAACAUUAUCUCUGACUUAAUCUACCAGGGUGCGUCGCUCGCUGCACAAACAGACCGUACCGGUGAGACAGCACUCCACUUGGCUGCUCGCUAUGCACGUGCUGAUGCUGCAAAGCGCCUGCUGGAUGCCGGAGCAGACGCCAAUGCUCAAGACAACACAGGACGAACACCGCUACAUGCUGCUGUGGCUGCAGAUGCACAGGGUGUCUUCCAGAUUUUGAUUCGAAAUCGCGCCACUGAUCUGGACUCCCGUAUGUACGAUGGCUCUACUGCUCUAAUCCUGGCUGCGCGACUGGCAGUGGAAGGCAUGGUUGAGGAACUCAUUACAUGCCAUGCAGAUGUCAAUGCAGUCGAUGAAUUGGGUAAAUCUGCUUUGCACUGGGCUGCAGCUGUAAACAAUGUAGAUGCAACUAUUGCUCUGCUGAAAAAUGGCGCCAACAAAGAUAUGCAAGAUCUCAAGGAGGAGACCCCUCUGUUCCUUGCAGCCCGCGAAGGAAGUUGUGAGGCAGUGAAGGUGCUGCUCGCUCACUUUGCAAACAGAGAAAUUACAGACCACAUGGACAGGCUGCCGAGAGACAUUGCUCUAGAGCGUAUGCACCACGAUAUUGUACAACUUCUUGAUGAAUACAACACAGUGAGGAGUCCCCAGAGUCAUGGAGCAGCUGGACACCAACUCGCAGGAGGCCACACUCUGUCUCCUCUCAUGUGCCCUCCAAGUGCCUUCCUCCCUAGUCUGAAGAACACCCCUCAGAGCAAGAAGAACCGCCGGCCUGGGGCCAAAGGUUCCAGCCUUGGAGCCCAGCAUGCUGCAAGUCUCAAGGAGUCAGUAAAGGCUCGCAAUAAGAAGCUAAGUCUGGACAUGCAGAGUGCCUUAUUGGAUAGCUCCGUUACUCUGUCCCCAGUGGACUCCCUAGACUCACCGCACGGGGGAGCUAGCAAUGCUGGCUACAUCACCAAUCCAACGUCACCUGUUGCCAUGCAGUCACCAGGCCUUUUCCAUUCCUCCAUGUCUGUUCCAAACACCCCAAUGGUUCACAGUAGCAUGUUGGAAGGAGGGGGCCCAUUUGCUGUAUCUCUUGCCCAAAUUAAUGACAUUGGAGCGGGAGCAAUGUCCAUGCAGGGCCGUGUCUCUAUGGCGUCAGAUGUCAACCACGGCUAUGUGCUGAGUUCUGGCCAGCUGGGGAUCAACAUGGGCAUGGUCAGUCCUGUCAGUGUGCCGUUUGACUGGCACAAUCGCAUGCCUCCAUCCUCUCAGUGUGGUCAGCAGGUUGUGAAUAUUGUGCAGAGUAGUCAAGCAGGCAUGCAUGUCCAGAGUCCAGCCAUGCAGCAGCAGAACAUGCUGAUGCACCAACAGCAGCUCUACCGCAGUCCAAUGCUGCAGCCCACACCGGUUACCUCCACACCGACCAUCAGCCCAGUGAAGCUGCCUUCCAUUGCAGAGCAACAGCAGCUCAUUAAUCACAACAUCACCAACCAGCCAAGCAUGGGUCCUAUGGGAACAUCCACUCCAUCUACCCCACAAACCUCGCAGCCUCCACCAUCAUUCUUCCAGCAGCAUCAGCAGCAGCUGCCUCAGCAGUCCUCUCAGCCUCCUGUUCAGCCCACCCAAGGAGCAACAGCAGCAGCAGCAGCCCAGCCAGCUCAGGUCCUUUCCUCCCAGCCGAGUGGUAGCGCUGCAGGGAAUGAGGAUUACCCAACGCCUCCUUCCCAACACAGUUAUUCAUCCACAUUAGAUGCCACACCCAAGCAUUUCCACAAUUUGCCCAGUGAGCACCCCUAUCUGACACCCUCUCCAGAGUCUCCAGAGCACUGGUCCAGUCCCUCUCCCCACUGCGUCUCCGAUUGGUCAGAUUCCACGCCAAGCCCAGCCGUCGCUGUCCCCAACCAGACCCAAAUUGCUCAAAUCCCAGAGGCCAAUGGCAAGAUGCAGGUGUUUGCAUGAAGGUCAUUCGGACUCGACCUGAAAAAGGACCUGGGUUAAAAAGACUGGCUCUUGGGUCUGUCUAUGUUUUAUCUGUCAGCAUGUUUCCAAGAUUUUCUUUGGAGUUGGGCUGGCAAUAUGUGUAAGAGGACCGUCUGCUAGUGAAUACGGCAGAGAAAUAAAAAAGUAAAGGGAAAUGUGUGUUGUCUGAAAAAAACUGCAGACAAUUUAAUGAAGUAAUUCUGUCACGGAUGGACUAUUUUUGAUUCUUAAAAAAAAAAAAGUAUAUGAAGAAAACCAAGUCUUUAAUUUCAAAGACUUAGGGAAACUCUCCAGAAAACUAACAAACAUUUAAAAAGUAGAACAGAGGAAAAGUGAAUUGUUGAAGGGAAUUUGUUUAUUUUUAUUUAUUGUUUUUAUCUAUCUGAACUGCUCUUUAGUUUUGUUUCUGUUCUAGCCUCUCAUAUAAACUGCCACUGUAAUGUUAAAAUGGUUCUAGCAACGACAUUUCAAAAAUUGCUCUGCCGUAGUUAUGUUUGAGUUGUGGUAAAUAGCAAAUUUAUAUAUGAGUGUUAUGAACAAGAAUGUAGAUGAGUGUCUUUAAAGCACUUCAACUGACCAGCCUCAAAGGGCAAGUCUUUGUCAAAUACAUUUGGCAUCAUUGGAUAUUUAUAAUAUAAGGGGCAUUUAAUCGCUGUGAAUUUUACAUAUAAUCUUAAAAAAAAAAAAAAAUCAGAGACAAUAUUAAGUGUGAUGCAUUUAUUUUAUAUAACUAUUCAUUGACACUAGAGUAUUUGUUGAUGGUCUUACUGCCGAGUCUAUUACCUUUAGCAUUCAUUUUAUUUAUGCUUCAAAGAAAAUGUGUUGGCCUUUAAAAAUCAGCCUUUCACUGCCCUUACAUUAUAUUUUUUAUUGUUUUAUACUCUGUAUAUUUGUGGAAAAGCAUAAAUACUUUUUUCUUUGUCAAACAUCACUUCAGAUGUAUUAAGCUAUGCUUAUAUCCGCUGCUAUUUUAUAUCACUCUUUGUUUCAAACAUUCCUCCGCUGUUUCUGGCUUUUUUGUGUUUGGACCACCGCCUUAAGGUAACACUAAAAGGUAACCAAACUAGACAACAAAAUCUUUUGAAAUUGUUGACCCCAAUAACCUGAAGUGGACUAAAUGGACUAUUGCAGCUGAGAUCAAGUUGGGAGUGGUGACCAGUGUGAGGGUGGGGCUGCUGGACCGUGACUGCUGCUGCCCUGUCACUCCUCAGGGAGGUGUUUUAUGGCAUGCAGAGGAAUGAUUCCCUUGCAUCUACAGUAGAUACCACGUCCAGGGCUCACGAAGUUGCGAGCUAGUGAAAUAAGAAUGAGGGGGGGG